AUGAAGGAUGAUCUUCCGAAGAAGAGUUUCAAUUGCUGCGGCGUUUUGCUCCUCUUCUUCUCUACCCUCUUCUGCAUCUCCCUUUGCGUCGCCAUGUCUGCCCAGAUCUCACUCACCCAACCCCGCUUCUUCCUCCGACACGCCACACUCCACAACUUCAACCUCACCGCCGGCAACCUCCUCACCACCAACAUCUCUGUCGCCCUCACCGCGCACAUCCCCUACAAACACCGCGGCAUCUACUACGACCGCCUCCACGUCUACGCCGUGUACCGAAACCAGAGAGUCACCCUCCCCGCUCCCCUCACUGCGUCCUACCAAGCCUACAAAGACGUGGCCGUUUGGUCGGGGUUCCUGAGCGGCAACCUCCAAGCCACCAUUUCCGAUGAAGAGCAGUCCAAUAUGGGAGCCACAACCGCCGACGAGAAACCCAGAAAAUCAGAGACCAAACCCACAAAGUAA